GGUUGGAACACCUCCGGUAAGCGAGCCCCAAUGGAACCAGUCUUCCUCUCCGCCUUUUUUCGUUGGGCCAUUUCCUGAUUGUUGGGUCCAGAGUUUGACAACGGCAGAAACGAGGAAAAGCUGGUGCUGGUAGAUUAAGUCGCAAUUAACCCAAACUGGGAUAAAUGAGUAUUACGCUUGUAAUACAUCUGCACUGGUUGUGUUUUCCCGACUUCUUGCUUUACAGUUCAUUCGUCCCAUCUGUCGCUGUACGGCACGUCGCAGCGUUGACCAUGCACUUCAUAAACCUUCCACUUAUGCCGCCAGUGAGGGGGCUUUGCCAUCAUCUCGUCGCAUUUCGUCCCACUGUGUUAUGUUCGUCCGCUCGUCGCCAACACAGCUCGACGUCCUCAGCAGCCGCCAAUGCUUUGCCUUUGGAAGGGGUGAGAGUAUUGGACUUGACUCGAGUGUUGGCUGGACCGUAUUGUACCAUGAUUCUUGGGGACUAUGGGGCUGAGAUUAUCAAAGUCGAGAAUCCCAAGUCUGGAGAUGAUACGCGAGCGUGGGGCCCACCCUUUGCCCCGAACAAAGAUUCGAACGAUAAUCAACCUGGGGAAAGCGCCUACUUUCUGGGGGUCAACCGAAAUAAAAAAUCUAUCACAGUAAACUUCAAGAAACCUGAGGGACUGGACAUAUUGAAGAGGCUGGCAGCCAAAUCUGAUGUGAUGGUGGAGAAUUUCGUGCCCGGUAAACUCGAUGAAAUCGGUCUGGGAUAUGAGGACCUGCGAAAGGUCAAUCCCAGAUUGAUAUACGCCUCCAUAACUGGAUAUGGACCUGAUGGCCCAUAUGCAAAGGCUCCUGGAUACGAUGUCAUCACAGAAGCGGAAGCUGGACUCAUGUACAUCACUGGCGAGCCCGAUGGUCCGCCGGUGAAGGUAGGAGUUGCCAUUACCGAUAUGACGACGGGACUGUACACACAUGGUGCCGUUUUAGCCGCACUUCUCGCACGUGCACGCACCGGGCUCGGACAGAAAUUGGAUAUCUCGCUGCUUGAAUGUCAAGUAGCGUCGCUCGCGAAUAUUGCACAUAGCUAUUUGAUUGGAGGCCAAGAGGCUAAACGAUGGGGGACACAGCACGCCGCCAUUGUGCCUUACCAGGCAUUCCCAACAAAGGACAGUUUCAUUGUUGUCGGUGCUGGUAAUGAUGGACAAUUCCGUAAACUAUGCACCAAGAUAGAGCGAUUGGACCUUGUAGAAAAUGAAAAGUUCAAAACGAACGCUGCGCGUGUUGAGAAUCGGAAGGAGUUGAUCGAUCUCCUCAGCGAUAUCUUUCGCCAGCAUCCGACGUCACAUUGGUUGAGGGAAUUCAAAUCCCUUGGCUUCCCUUUCGCGCCAGUCAAUAACAUCCAACAAACCUUUGAACAUCCGCAAGUUAUACAUAGAGAAAUGAUCCAAGAAGUUGAUCAUCCGCGCGCUGGUCGGAUCAAGCUUACUGGUAUUCCUGUCAAGUAUUCUCAUACGAAACCCAGCAUCAGGCUUCCACCGCCUAUUUUGGGACAACAUACAUUUGAAGUUCUGUCGAAUAUGCUAGAGUAUACGGAGGAGGAAAUUGAUGGUUUUGUUGAAAGAGGAAUAAUCUAAGUGGAUUAGAUCGUCUGGUCAGGGGACUCGUCGACCUCCGACGCGAAUCCGGCUUGGUUAUGUAAGCAAACUUUGGAGCUUGUCCCAUUCUCCCUUGUCGCAGGUGUUGGGGCCUCUUUAAUUGCGCUAAUUGGACGGGCAGGAUUACCUUUACGUUCUGGGGGAAUACAAGACAGGUGUGGAUGACGGCAUCCUAGAUGGACGCGAUCUUUUCUAAAAAUAAAGGAUAGAACAAUGUAUGGAUAUACAGAUAGUUAGGGGCGACCCAAACAUCAGAGAAAGGAUAUAAUGCCUUCUAUGAAG